CUGUCCGCAGGUGGCCAUGGUGCCGGGGCCUGCCCUCUAGCAGGCCACCAUGUCCCAAGAGGCGGGCUCGUGCCGCCUGGGCGCCGGGGCGCGGGCGCGGGCGCGGAAGCCCAAGAAGCCUCACUACAUCCCGCGGCCCUGGGGCAAGCCCUACAACUACAAGUGCUUCCAGUGCCCCUUCACCUGCCUGGAGAAGUCACACCUCUACAACCACAUGAAGUACAGCCUCUGCAAGGACUCCCUCUCGUUGCUGCUCGACUCCCCUGACUGGGCCUGCCGGCGCGCCCCGGCCACGCCCCGGCCCCGUGCGCCCACUCCAGACGGCCCCUCGGACCCCACGGACCCUGGCAGUCGGCCCCGAGGAGCAUGGCUCCCAGACGUUCCCGCCACGCCCGACUUCAUCGUCACUGACAUCCUCUCCCUGAGCCACCGUGUUGGGGGCCCCAAGCCGGGGGCCGAUGGGUACCCAGGGACGCCGCCCCCUGUAGCCAGGGACACCCAGAAGGGUGCAAGCCACAGUGGGCGCCUGGCCGAGUCUUGGAAGCCGGGACCGAGCGGGGUCCCAAGGAGCAUGGCCGUGGUGGACGCGGCCGCAGCGGGCCGUAACAGUGGGGUCCCCUGCUACCCUCCGCCCACCCCCAGCGAGUUCCCCGAGGCCCAGAGCCUUCACCUGUCCCUGCUGGGUGUCAACUACCCUCUUGGCCCAGGCCUCUUCUCCUACUUGGGGCCCUCCCUGGCCGCUGCAGCCCACAUGCCCUUUCUGGCCUCGGCCAGCCCCCUGCUGCCCCCGGCUGCCGCCUUCCCCACCCCACAGCUCCCCGAGCGCCCAGCCCUGGUCCCCCGCCUGUACUACCCCCUGCUCAUGGAGCACACCCUGGGGCUGCCAGCAGGCAAGGCUGCCCCUGCCAAGCCCUCUGCUCCCCACAAGGGGCCCUCCGGGACUCUGGCCCCCGGGCUGCUGAAGGUGCCAGCACCUGGGCUGGGCGGGCCCUGGCCCCAUGGUGCCUCCAGGGACCCAGGGCAAGAUGGGGAGCUGGAGCGGACUGCCCAGAGUGACCCCAAGAGAAAGCUGCCUCUGGGAAGCAGGCUGGAGCCCCUGAAGGCCCCCUCCAGCAUGGCGAGGUUCAGUUCCCAGAGCAGCCUGCGGACGGGCCCCUCCAUGAUCCUCUGGUGUGACGACAAGGAGCCAAGCAACCCCGAGACCCCAGGCCCUGCGGCCUCCUUGCCCCAGCAGCCGCCAGGCCUGGUGCUAGGGGGCCCUGGGCACGUGGGCGAGGACCUAACGCGGGUCCUCGGCGACUAUGCCAGGGUGGAGCAGCGCCUGGAGCAGUUGGUGCCUGCGGGGGGCCUCGCCCCACGGCCUCUGCGGGAGCAGCUGGGCAAGAUCCGCCGGGAGCUGCUCACCAUCCACCAGGCACUGGAGCAGGCCGUGCGGCCACCAGACACCCCCCUCGACCUCUCUGUGAAGCGGGCACCGACCAAGGGGCAGGAGGCGCCUUCGGGAGCCUGGGGGCAGCCGGAGCUGGGCCCCACACUGGCCCAGGGGACCCCCGAGCCCCCGAGCAUGCUGGGCCCCACGGCGCCUGAGCCCUUCUCCGGCCACACCACCAAGUGCGAGGCCGACUCCAGUGUCCCACCUCCGGGCAUCCCCCUCCAGGCCCCAGAGGACCCUGUCGUUCUUGGCAGCAGCUGGGGCUCCCAUGGUGGGGCUGGGGGCUCCUGGCCCCCCAAGGCUGUCCCUGGCCUGCAGAGCCCCCCGGGUGCUGAGGUCUGACUGCAGCCCCUACUGCCACCUCUGUCCUUAAUAGACAGAGGCCCUUCUCCAACCCCAUG